GAAAACUUCACGGCGGUGUUGUCGACUCUUGAACUGCACUACCUUGACGAUGGCUCCCAAAGCCGCCCACGCGGUCGAAGACAUCUCGUCUCCCAUUGACCUCAGCACUGUUCCUCCGUUUUGGAAGAGAAAGAAUGGAGUCCUUCUCUAUUUCCUACUCACGUCUUCUCUCUUUGCCAGUAUGGCCCUUGGCAUUGAUGGUUCAAUGACCAACGGCAUGCAAGUCCUAGAGACUUGGCAAGAGCGAUUCGGACACCCAACUGGUUCAAAGUUGGGCUUCUUUGGCGCAUCCAACGCCAUCGGUGGCAUUAUCCCCUUCAUCUUCCUGGGCUGGAUUGGAGACGUUACCGGUCGCCGACUGCCCACUGCACUGGGCUCGGUAGUCAUCAUGGCUGGAGUUAUUGUUCAGUUCUUUGCAACAUCGCUGAAUAUGUACAUUGGCGGCAAGAUCGUUCUUGGAAUCGGCUCGUCGCUCAUCCAGAUGGGCGCUCCUGUCCUGGUCACUGAACUUUCCCAUCCGAAGGAGCGAGUGCAAGUCACGACAUUCUACAACACCAGCAUCGUUCUGGGCUAUGUCAUUGGCGCGUGGGCAACCUACGGCUGCUUCCGUAUUCCCGGCCAGUGGUCAUGGAGACUGCCCACCCUGAUUCAGAUCGUGCCCUCGGCGUACCAGCUCGCCCUUAUUUUCUUCUGCCCCGAAUCCCCUCGCUGGUUAAUCGCCAAGGGAAAGGUGGAGGAGGCUCGGGAAAUCCUCAUCAAGUACCACGGAGAGGGCGAUCCGAACUCCGAGCUCGUCGAAUUUGAAUUUGCCGAGAUCCAGCAAGCCAUUGCCAAAGAAGUCGAGGAAAACAUGUCUUGGAAGGACUUCUUUUCCUCAAUUCCCAACAUCAAACGACUCUCGCUCUGUUUUGCCACAGCCCUCUUCAGCCAGAGCUCUGGUAACCUGCUGGUCUCCAACUACCUCACACAGAUUCUCAAAGACACUGGAGUGGAGGCGGAGAAAGAUAUCACCCUUGUUAACGGCAUGGUGACUCUUUGGCAAUACAUUGUCGCAAUCGCAGUGACGCUCCUCGUCGACCGCUUCAAGCGCCGUACUUUCUUCCUAGUAGGCUCUGGUGGAGUCCUGGUUACAUUCAUCAUGUGGACUAUCGCAGCCCAGCAAUACCUGGAGAAAGACUCCCUCGCCGCUGGACGAGUCGUUCUUGCGUGCAUCUUCCUAUUCCAGGCAUUCUACACCUUUGGCUGGACAAACUUGGUUGUAACAUACCCCCUGGAAAUUGUCACAUACCAGAUGCGAGCAAAGACCUGGGCCUUUGUCCUGCUCACGAUUCAGGUAUCCUCUAUUUUCGGUGGUUAUGUUAACCCCAUUGGGUUGGAGAACAUUGGCUGGAAAUUCUACAUCUACUACUGUGUCUGGGUCGCCAUAAUCUUCCUCGUGGUGUAUUUUUUCUUUGUUGAGACCUCGGGUCCCACGUUGGAGGAGCUGGCGUAUCUAUUUGAAGGAAAGGAGGAGAAGCAAGAGAUGGCCAAGAAGAUUGAGUUGGCGAAGGAAGAACAGGAAUAUGCGAGAGAGAAGACAGUUUGA